UCAAGUUCCUUUGAUUUCAGAGAAAUGGCUUUUUUAUUGAAUGCGGGGCCUUGGACGGAAUUGAAGGAUCAAAUACACUGUACAUGGAGCGCCAUCUAGGUUGGACGGGACUUUUGAUUGAAGCGGACCAAAUUGCUGUGCCGGAUCUUGUAGGCACUAAUCGACAAUCUUGGAUGGUCCCCAAUUGUUUAUCCGUUUCACCCCAAGUGUCCGAGGUCACUUUUGGCACCAAAUACAACUAUGGGCGGAUCUUGCACACAGAAGCGGGGAAGACGGACAAUUCCAUGUUUUCAUGCAACCAUCACACCGUCAUUUGUUAUCCGAUCUAUGCAAUUCUGGCCGCCGUCAACCAGACCAAAGUGGACUAUUUCAGCUUGGACGUGGAGGGGUUUGAGUUGGACAUUUUGAAGACCAUCCCUUUCGAUCAAGUCGAAAUCACCGCCCUUUCGGUGGAAUUCACUUACAUUGGAAACGACGCGGCCAGUGGGACCUUGCACGAACUGGAAAUAUUUAUGGCCGACAAAGGAUACAAAUUGAGGGCAAAAGUGUUGAAUGGCAAGAAUUAUGCCAAUGAUUACAUUUACGUCAAGAAUGGAUUCAAUGAGGAUGUUCAUCUCGAAGAUGUUGUUACUGAUAUGUGAUCUGGAGGAUGUGCCGAAAAACUUUUCAGAGACUCAAGCAUCAAUUGUAAACGAUAGAGCUCUAUUUUUGGCUAUAAGUGCGUUGUAAAAUUCUCGGUGAUCUCAGAUUUAACAAAACGACAUAGCAAACAUUUGCAUACUCCAUGUGUUUCUUUAAUGAUAUUUGCAAGUAACAAUGCUAAAGCCAAUGGAUGUCCAACUAAGUUAGCCACUAAGGGUUUGAUACCAACUACAAUGCUGGCUCUAGGAAUGGAUGGGCACUUCAUAAAUGUGGA